UUAUUUUUGCAUAUUUGCAGGCAGCAUUGUCUAUAUGGCCAGCUUGUUGCUUCAGGGGCUGUUACGCCUCCCAUUCACUCACACACCCCGUUCAGGCUGUGACAGCGGUGUCCAUCAGGCAGAGAUGCCGGCUGAGGGAUUCGUGAUGGUGGCUGUGAUUUGCGCUCUGAUGGCGCAAAACUGCCGUGGGGAGCUUGUGGCUCACGUGCAGGACCUGAAUCCCGUGCCUGAAUCCUCGCUGCUUAAGCCCAAAGUCAUGAUCGCGAUUCUGGCUCGGAACUCGGCGCACAGCCUGCCGUACUACCUGGGCUGCAUCGACCGCCUGGACUACCCGAAGGACCGGAUUGCGAUAUGGGCUGCAACGGACCAUAAUGUGGACAACACCACAGCCAUGCUGAGAGAAUGGCUGAAGAACAGGCAGAGCAGAUACCAUUACGUGGAGUGGAGGCCCAUGGAGGAGCCACGGUCAUACAUGGAUGAGUGGGGGCCGAAACACUGGGCUCCAUCUCGUUUCAAUCAUGUAAUGAAGCUCAGGCAGGCGGCAAUGAAGGCUGCACGAGAGCGCUGGGCUGAUUAUAUACUGUUUGUUGACAGUGAUAACCUCCUGACCAACCCACGGGUGCUGGAUCUCAUGAUGGCAGAGAAUUUCACACUGGUGGCGCCCAUGUUGGAUUCCCGAUCCCUCUACUCAAACUUCUGGUGUGGCAUCACACCUCAGGGUUAUUACAAGCGCACCCCAGACUACCAGCCUAUCCGUGAGUGGAAGCGUUUGGGCUGUUUCUCGGUUCCCAUGGUGCACUCAACAUUCCUGUUGGAUCUGAGACGUAGUGCCACUCUCGACAUGGCUUUCCACCCACCUCACCCUGACUACAGCUGGGCGUUUGAUGACAUCAUGGUCUUUGCAUUCUCCGCGCGACAAGCUGGUGUUCAGAUGUAUGUGUGUAACAGAGAACAUUACGGUUUUCUGCCUGUACCUCUGAAGGCCCAGCAGAGUGUAGAAGAAGAGGAGGAGAGUUUCACACACACCAUCACUGAGGCCAUAAUUGAUCAUAACAUAAAACCCUCUGAGUUUCUCUUCACUCCACCCAAACCCCAGGACAAGAUGGGCUUUGACGAGAUCUUUCUGAUUAAUCUGAAGCGGAGGUUGGACCGGAGGGAACGGAUGUUGAACACAAUGGCGGCGCUGGGUCUUGAGGCUACGCUGGCUGAUGCUGUAGAUGGGAAGGCUCUGAAUACAUCUCACCUUCAAGCUCUAGGUAUAGAAAUGAUGCCUGGAUAUAAAGAUCCAUAUUCUGGUAGGGUGCUGACGCGUGGAGAGAUUGGCUGUUUCCUCAGCCACCACUUCACCUGGAAACAGGUGGUGGAGAGAGGUCUGCAGCAUGUGCUGGUGUUGGAGGAUGACGUGAGGUUUGAGCCUCGAUUUAAAAGGAGGUUACAGACCAUCAUGGAGGACGUUGAAAAAGCUCAGCUGAACUGGGACCUCAUAUAUGUGGGCCGUAAGCGGAUGCAAGUAGCACAGCCAGAGGUGUCUGUAGAGGGUGUUGAUAAUCUGGUGGAGGCUGAUUACUCAUAUUGGACUCUAGGUUAUGCCCUUUCACAGCAGGGGGCCAAGAAACUCCUCGCUGCUCAGCCGUUCGGCAAGAUGCUCCCUGUGGAUGAGUUCCUGCCAGUCAUGUUCAACAAACACCCAAAUGCGGCAUACAUGUCUCACUUUGAUCCCAGAGAUUUGCGUGCUUUCUCUGUUGAGCCGCUGCUGUUGUACCCAACACACUAUACGGGUGAGCAAGGUUACUUCAGCGACACAGAGACCUCCUCUAUUUGGGAUGACGAGGCCAUCAGCACAGACUGGGACAGACAGUAUGCUAAAAAAACUGCUCAGCAGGCACAAAUUUGCUCCGUCGCUCAAAACAGCGUCACCGGGGACACACCACUGCCUGCAUCCCGAGCCUCGCGAGACGAACUCUGAGUCCUCGACAUGUUCUCAAACUACACAACUGAAUGACAACACACACUGACUCCUAGACAGCUCAUUCCUCAAUGUCCAGCAGUCCCCUCCUCCUUGGUGACACUUCAGCCAAUAGCAUGACAGCUGGCUGGGAUGCUUGAACACCAUUGGCUGGCUGGUUGAUUUUGCACAAAGAUACACAAGCUCUUUUUAUUUCCACUUUAUUUAUUUCAUCAUGUCUUCCAGAGACAUUGAGGGACCAAACUGUCCCUGGUGGACACUUCAAAGUGUUUGAAGGAAGAAGACACUGCGGAAGGACUGGACGGAGGAACAUAGACAUGUGGGAGUUAGAUUUGGGUUUGUUAGUGGAUGAACAGAUGACAGACUAAUCUUUAUUUUAACGUUUUCUUUUAUUUUGUAAUGUAAAAACAGAUAUGGUUUAUGUACUGAAUAAAACACUCCUACAGCCUGUCCACAUAUCUACUGUAUAUUAUCAGGAAGGAAAUUAUAUUUUAAGUUGAAAUAUUUUAAUAGCAUCACAAAAUCACUUUUCAAUGUUAUUCAGGUGUCAAAUAUAUAUUAGAACCAUAAAUUAAGAGCAUUAAUUACAUACUUUUGUGGGGAGGUUGUUCGAAUCUGCUCUGUUUUCACAUAAUUCAGUUGUAUUGGAUUUAAAACUCUAAAAUGCAUUAAAUUGUCUUAAAAAGAGAACAUGUGACCUUUGACACAUUCACUGGUCAUUAAGUAUGUUUUUUUAUGAAUAAGCGCAGCUUUACUCAAUCUAGUUCAAAGUGUGUGUGAGACAAAAGGUGUUUCUGUGUUAUUGUGAAUAUCAUAUUGUCAUUAAUUCCUUUCAGAAUAUUCCAAGAGGCUCAUGUAUCUUAAAAAAGUGUAUGAUUCUACUGGGCAUUAUGUCAACUAUCAUAAUUUGGAAUGGCUGGAUGCAAACGCCCUCACUUUUUUCAAACACACUCCUAUUUUUCCACUUAACAGGCUGGCUCCUGUUCUCUGACAGUAGAGUUCAUUACCUUCUUUGAUGUCUGAAGAUGUCAUGGUGCUGGUGGUGGGCUGAUUCAAUAAA